UGCUCUAAUUCAUCAAAAUCUUUGUUUUAAUUUGAAAAAGAACCGUUUGCUUUUCCGUUUAUUGUUGAUCUUUUUUCUGUUUAGAAAAACUUAUUCUUUUUUGUGUUUACAGGAGCUCAGGUGUGUUUAUGUCUGCGUCCCUUUACAUUUUCUUUCGUUUGAUCCAACACGUACACGUAUUCAUAAACUAGUAAUCUAAAGGGAUUCGUCAUCGAGAUAUAAUUUGUACAACGUAAACGCAUAAAAUUUACGAAUAAAGUGAAUUAGUGAUGAACUCAACAUUUGAAGAUACGCCGUUCGACGUGGCCAUUAAACCGGCACGCGAGGAAAAGCACCAUCACAUGGUGCUAUUAGGCCGGGGAAUCUCUCGAGCGUUGAAAUCUACAGGCAUAGACUGGAAUCUGUUUAAGCUACAUCGUUUGAAUUAUUUAAGCAUAACGUAUACAAACCUCUCAGGCUUGCCGGUAGAUAUUGGGCUAUUGAAAGAUCUUACGACUUUGAUAAUGCAUUCGAACAAAAUCAGGGAUUUACCGCCCACGAUUGGCAAUUUAGUUAAGCUGAAGAUGUUUGAUUGCUCGAAAAACUUAUUGAUGCUUUGCCCAGACGAAUUAGGCAAUUUAGCCAAGUUGAAGGUAUUGAAUCUUAGCUCAAAUCGUUUGUUGGAUAUACCACCAAUGUGUAAAAACAUUGCAUUGACCAUAUUAAAUCUAAAAUGCAAUAAACUUGAGAGCUUUCCCGAUGUCUGUUAUGAAGAACUUGUAUGUCUAUCGGAACUUUAUGUCAAUGAUAAUAAAAUACAAGAUAUUCCACCUACUAUAAGUAAACUUUCAGCAUUGAAGGUCUUAGAUGUCGAGUACAACUUACUUAAAGAUCUGCCAAAUGAAUUAGCAAAUUGUAAGAAAUUAGAGAAGCUGAAUGUCCGAUGGAAUAAAAUGGAUGAUGACAAUCUAAACAACUUAUGUUCCUCUGUUAACAAUACAAAGAAAAUAAUUGAAUAUCUGAAAGCAAAUCCUAUAAGAGAAAAAAAAUUAUCAGCGCCUAAUAAGUAUAAAAAGAGGAAUAUUAAUUUGUUCGUUUCUCCUACAGAUCCAUUAUAUAUUCUAAGACACAUAUUAGAAAUUAAGGGAAUAACAGAUGGUGCAAGAGUAAUAAGAGUUACAGAACAUGUAAAGAACGUCAGACCUUACAUAGCUGCGUGUAUUAUAAAAGAUAUAGAAUUCACGAAGGAAAAUUUCAAAAAGUUUAUUGAGCUACAGACAAAAACCUUUUAUGAAAUAGGAGAAAUACAGAGGAAUAAAAACAAGACCACAUUAAUGACUCAUGAUAUGAAAUUCAUAACACCUGGGGAUCUGAUAUAUACAGCAAAGGAACCUAAGGAACUAAACAUUAAACCUUUUCCACGUAACAGGGUAUUCACAGGAGAAGUUCUGUGUGAAGAAUUGCAACUAGAGGCAAAAAAAGUAAGCGAAAUAACAGGAAAAACGGAAUAUCCUGAAAGAUAUGAAUGUUUAAAGUACCUGAAAGAAAAAACUUUAUUUCCAUGUCUAUUGGACAAUUCGCAAAUGGCUAUAUCAUUUCCACCUAUCAUAAACAGUAAUACGACUAAAGUAUCUCCAUCCACUCGAACAAUGUUUGUGGAAAUAACAAGCACUGUAGGACGUGGAGCCUGCAAGAUUGGAUUGGAUCAAUUUUUGAAAGAACUAUUAAUCUCAGGUAUUACCAAUCCAGCAGUGGAUGCUGAGGGUCGUCACCAUAUGAUCGUUGAACAAGUCAAAGUAGAAGAUAAUCAUGGAAAUCUAAUACUAAUAUAUCCUUCAAAAGAUGAUUUUUCCUUAGUAAAGAUCGACGAGAACAUUCGUAUGGAAAUAAAACGACAGGAUGGAAUUCCAUAACUGUAAUUUCGUUAA